GCUGCAUUAUUAAAGUGGUACAAGAUGCCGAUGCUGCUGCGGUCCAGAAGGUCCAUCCACCCCGCUCGGGCGAGCGAGGCAGAGCAGACACAGGAGGCGACGCCGAGAAGGUCGACCCGCCUGCACGGGAGGACCAACGUUACGAUCGAGGAGUCAGAUGAGUCAGACUCUGAGUCUGUCCAGAGCCAAGUGAUGGAGACACAUCCAAGUUUAUCAGCCGAGCUGGAGGAGGAAACUGCUGAGGAGGCUGAAAUAACGGAACUGAAGGAUUGUAGCGUUGUGCUGGACCGUUUCAUGCCUGACAACAAGGCUGCGACAAGAGAACUCGAAGAGAAAGAAGACAUGAACCGAAAAGGCGGGAAACCCAUGUCCCGGAUCCCGACUUUCCAAAAACGACCUACCAGUAUGAGCCAGAACACGGAGCUGCCUGUUCCCAAAAAAGAUACCCCCGUCCAGGUAGCUCAGCCUCCCGAGAAAGUUGGAAGUGUAAGCAUGGAGGCCUCAAAAUCCAAGCCGCCCGACGUCAGAGCACUCCCCCUGCCAUCGGUCCGCAUCCCUAAAAUUGGCUUUGAAGCGCCCUCUUUAUUCAUCAGUACAGAACACACAGCUGGAGCAGCUCCUAGUUCAAUUACUACUACACCCAAGAGCUGGAGCUUGUCUGAGUCUUUGCAGAGCCCUUUCAUGACUGUAAGCCCCAGGCCUGCCCUCAGAACGGAGCAAGAGACGGAGCAACAUUUACCAGAGCAAGACCAGAGGAGGCUUGACAUGGGUGACACCAUACCAGAUGCCCCAAUAUCUAAUCUUCCACAUGAGGGCUCCUUCACCCAUAAGCCACCUGAAGAGAAGUACGACACUGCAGUUAGAAGCAGGAUUCCUCUCACUGCCUCUGGGGAUAUAGAAAAGCCAGAGUCUGCAGAGAGCUUUCACACAGCUGAGAUCACCCAAGAGGAUGAUAUUAUGGAUGAAGAGCCACCAUGGGGGACAGAGCCCAUGAACGCACAUGAUUUGAAGGACAGCAGGUCUUCGUCAGAUGCUGAAUGCGAGGAUGACUUGGAAGAUGAAAAGUCCAGAGGCCAGAAUUCUGGAGACCUGAAGGAGUGUCAUGAAGCACUUACAAGCCAGGCAGAGUCUUCAAAUGUUAAGGACGAGAGGGCCAAUACUGAUGAAACGACCUCUCCUGUAGCACCAGAGAAACCUGCUAAACAUAACUCAGCCAAGAGCUCUGGACGCUCCAGUUUCACCUUCUUCUGCUUCCUGCCCAUGACCUUGCUGCUUCUUGGGGGGUUUGGCCAGCAUGUUUGGCAGUACGGGCUUCCUAUGUCUGUGGCUCAGCUCACAGCUCAGCUGGAACUGCACAUGCUAGAGGGCUUUGGCUUCAUGCCACAGCCUUGCAGCACAGACUGUAGAGUGCGUCUGGUGGAGAGCAUCCCCGAGGGUCUCUACCAGUCUUCUCCCUCAUCCAGACAGAGCAUCGCAGACAGCUGGCUACAUCUGCUGGACAAGGCCAACAGCUCGGUCCACAUCGCUGCUUAUUACUUCACUCUAAGAGGCAACGAUUUGGACCUCGCUGGCGCCUCAGACUCUCAGGGAAGAAGUAUCUUUGAUCGACUGAAACAACUUGAAUCUAAAGGGGUGAAUCUCCAGAUCGCAGUCAACGCCCCCCAGACCUCAGCUCUAGAUACAACAGAAUUGGCAGCAACAGGUGCAGAGGUCCGAGAAGUCAACCUCAGUGCUGUUACUGGAGGCAUUGUCCACACCAAGCUGUGGGUGGUGGAUCAAAAGCACUUCUACUUGGGCAGUGCUAACAUGGACUGGCGCUCCCUUAGUCAGGUAAAGGAGGUGGGCCUGUCAGUGGAGGACUGCAGCUGCUUGGCUCAGGAUGCCUUUCGGAUCUUCGGGGUGUACUGGAGCCUCGGUGGGGUGAACAACGGCUCCCUGCCGCCGUACUGGCCUAAUCGUCUCACUGCCCUGUCCAGUUCUCAGAAUCCCCUGCACCUCAAGUUCAAUGGAGUGCCUGCUCAAGUCUAUCUGUCUAGUGCCCCUCCACAGCUCUCUGCCCGCGGACGCUCAGACGAUCUCUCCACCAUCCUGUCUGUCAUCAACGAUGCCCAGAAAUUCAUUUACAUCUCUGUCAUGGACUAUCUCCCUCUGUCCGAAUACACAGAGCCACUCAGGUUCUGGCCUGCCAUCGACACGGCCCUGCGUGCUGCAGCCUGCACCAGAGAGAUCCAGGUCCAGAUCCUGGUGAGCUGCUGGAAACAUUCACCUGCUGCCAUGUUCACCUUCCUGCAGUCCCUGCUGGUGCUCAACAGACCUCCACUGAAUUGCAACAUUGAUGUGAACAUCUUUACGGUGCCUUCAACAGCAGAGCAGAUGAAGAUCCCCUUUGCACGUGUCAAUCAUGCCAAGUACAUGGUUACAGACAGAGUGGUGUAUAUAGGCACGUCCAACUGGUCCGAGAACUACUUCACCCGGACAGCUGGUGUGGGCCUGGUGGUGAACCAGACGGGCUCUGAGGUCAAUGAAGGCCAGGAGACUCUGCAGAGCCAAGCAGAGCAGCUCUUCCUCAGAGACUGGACAUCUCAGUAUGCUACAACGCUCUCUCUUGCUGAUGAGAACGUCUGCCCUCGCAGCCCACACUGAGGGUUUGUUGUUCAGUAAAGCACAUUGCAUUGUACAUGAGCAUCUUGCUUCUCCUGCUACUUGAACUUUAAUUUACUUAUGCAGAAUCCACUUGCUGUACUGUGCAAAUGAACACGGUUAAUUUUAUUGUUGUUUGCAGACUGCCUGUUUUUUGUACAUACUUGCUUUUUUAUAUUUUGUUUCAAAACAUGUUAUUUUUAUAUUCUGUAUCACUCCAACAAUCGCCUUACAUGUGUUAAGGUGAGAGGAAAGUUGCUUUGUACAAUUUUAUUUUAUGCCUGGUGCAUUUUGUAUAUUUUCCUGGUGCCAAGCUUUAAACUCCUGCAGGAAAUAAAACAUUUCCAAAGAGGUGCAUGCACCAUGGUCUUGUUUACACUGUUGAAGCUGAAUCAGAUGGGAGAUCAAGAUUCUUGUAAAUACAAUCAACAUUCAAUUCAUAACUGAUCUCUUGCUCACAAAGGAAUAUAAUUUGAAUGUGUAGCACUACAGUAAGAAAACAACUCAUUCACAUCAGAGAGAGCAUGCCUUGUUUUCAUGCCUCCACCUGAGUCCAAUAGGAAUGUCAUUAGUUAUGCAAGUAUCUGAUCAGAUACUACUGGACCACCUGUGAAAACAAAUAAAAAGAGUUUGUGUUUAA